AUGGCAAAAAGCUUACAAAAUCAGUUGAGAACUGACAUGGAACUAGCUAAAAAUAAUCCCACCGUCGAAACUCUUACUUUCGAUCUUCAAAAAACUUUACCGUUACCGCGCAUACCCACUAAUAUCGUAUUUUACAAAAGACAACUGUGGGUAUACAAUUUAGGUAUACAUACAGGAAGCAAAGACGAAGCUCACUGUAAUGUAUGGGUAGAAGGAGAAGCUGGAAGAGGUGCUCAAGAGGUGGGGUCUUGUCUGAUCAAACACAUUACCGAAAGGCUUGAUGACAAUGUGAAAUUUUUGAUUUUAUGGAGUGAUUCGUGUGGAGGUCAGAAUCGCAAUAUAAAAUUGAUAUUAAUGCUGAAAGCUAUGUUGAAUGAACACCCAUCUUUAGACCAAAUAAAUAUAAAAUUCUUAGAAUCAGGACAUAGCUUCCUCCCAAAUGAUACAGAUUUCGGAAAAAUAGAAUGUGCCUUAAAACGGCAACAGAGGCUCUAUACACCGGAUGAUUAUAUUCAUGUUAUGAAAACUUGUAAAAAAACCAAUCCAAUGCAUGUGCACAGGAUGAAAAAUGAAGACUUCUUGUCCUCAUUAAAAUUAGAAAAGAAUAUAAUCAACAGAAAGAAAACGGUAGAUGGAGAGAAAGUUUCAUGGCUUCAUACGAAAGAGAUAAUGAUUAAAAAGGAUGAAAUGUUCAAAAUUUACAUGAAAACUGAUUUGAAUGAAGAAUUUAAGGUAGUGGACAUAAAAAAAAAUGUUCGCGGAAGACAAUAUUUUAUAACAAAAGCGUUGAUGGAGCCACUUUGGCCAACAGGCAAACCUGUCCCUGACGCUAAAUUAAAAGAUUUAAAAAGUAUGCUACACCUUAUUCCGCAAGACUCACAUGAUUUUUAUGUAAAACUUACUGGAAAUGAGGAUACAGAAGACGAUAUUGACGGUUUUUCAGGUCAACCGGAUUUUGAACUAGAAACGGAUUUAGAUUAA